AUGGCAACUCAGAGCUCCAUUCCAGAUUACGUAACCAACCCAUCAAAUCCCUUUUUUCUGCAUCCGGAUGAAAACCCUGCAAUCGUUAUCCUUGUUUCUCCACUUCUCAAUGGCAGAAUGAAUUAUAACACUUGGUCUCGGGCCAUGUCCAUUGCAUUGCUUUCUAAAAACAAAUUGGGAUUCGUUGAUGGCACUAUUCCCAUUCCUUCGAAGAAAGAUCCAAUUUAUCCAGCUUGGCUACGUUGUAAUGCAGUGGUUCUGUCUUGGAUUCACAAAUCCAUUUCAGAAUUGAUUGCUCAAUCAAUAGUGUGGAAGGAUCUUAAAGAACGUUUUUCUCAGGCUGAUGUAUUCAGAAUUUCUGACAUUCAAGAUGACAUUUUUCGUUUGAAGCAAGGUGAUAGGUCAGUUUCAGAAUACUUCACUCAAUUAAAAAUUCUUUGGGAUGAACUAGAAAUUUUACAGCCUUUAUCCUUGUGUAAGUGUAUAAAUCCUUGUUCUUGUGGAGCUAUGGCACAAAUGAGAACUAUUAGAGACGGAGAUCAUGCUAUUAGAUUCCUCAAAGGCCUCAAUGAUCAAUAUGCUAAUGUGAGAUCACAAAUUAUGCUUCUUGACCCUCUCCCUACUGUCAAUCGAAUUUUUGCUUUCAUAGCUCAACAUGAGAGACAAUUGAAUUUAGAUGCAAAUAUAUUAGAAAACUCCUUUGAACAAUCUCAUGUUCGUGAUGGUGGAUCUUUUAAUACGUGGAGGGGCCGUUCAAAUAUCAGCAAAGGUAGAGGAAAUGACAAUAGAUUGUGCUCUCACUGUGGUAAGAUUAAUCAUACCACAGAUACCUGCUUCCUCAAACAUGGAUUCCCACCUGAAUACAAAACUAGGAAUCCACAUGCUGCUAAUAAUGUGUCUCAAGCUUGUGUUACUUAUCCUGCUGGCGAAGAGAAUAAUCAGAUUAAGAAUGCUUUUAACCAGAUGUUCUCAGAAGAACAAUAUCAAAGUACCUUGAAUUUGAUUCAGCAUUCGAAGCAAGUUGAUGAUUCCUCUGAGCACACUUCCAAUCUUGCUCAGACUUGCACUUUUAAUGUUGAUACGACUGCUUCAGGUAAUCAUUCCUCCGAGCAACUAAUGCAAUAA